GGUCAGGGUUGCUGGGCUUAACACCAAACUGCAAAGAGUGUAAUCGACUGCUAGAUUUGCACUGGAGCCUUGACUUGAUAAAGCAACAACUUGCAAAAUUGUAUUUUCUAUUCAUCUGACGUGACAUCAUGUACAUCUGGAACAGGGUCAAAGAAGAACAAAAACCUCAACAGCAACAGUGGCUUCCCUUUAGUGGGAUCACUGAACUGGUAAAUAACGUUCUUCAGCCACAACAAAAACAACAAAAUGAGAAGGAAUCCCAGGCGAAAUUGCACCAGCAGUUUGAAAUGUAUAAGGAACAGGUAAAAAAGAUGGGUGAUGAAGCACAGCAACAACAAGAACAGAAGAGUGACGCACCCACCUGUGGAAUCUGCCACAAAACCAAGUUUGCUGACGGCUGUGGCCACAUCUGUUCAUAUUGCCAAACAAAAUUCUGUGCUCGAUGUGGAGGGCGGGUGUCACUGCGAUCGAAUAAGGAGGACAAAGUGGUGAUGUGGGUAUGUAACUUGUGCCGAAAACAGCAGGAAAUCCUCACUAAAUCAGGAGCCUGGUUCUACAGCGGCAGCUCCAACACUCCACAGCAGCUUGAGCCGAGCGAGGCCGGGAGAACAGCAGCACACAGAAACGAAGAGGCGCCACAGGAAAAGAAAGCAAAGCUACAGGAGCAUUCCCAAUUCCAAGGUCCUUUACCCUCAGGGGACAUUUCCGCACCAGCGUCAGACAAAAACAGACCUCAAGGGCUCACUCGGCAAGAGUCGAUCAAAAAUGGUUCAGGGCUGAAGCAGCAUUCAAUGCAGGCUGUCAGUGAGACAUCCACAGACAGGAAAAGGAGCCCAUCAACAUCCAGGGAACACAACCGCAAAUACGACCAGAGAGACGAGAGAGCAGAGGCAGCACAGUAUGCACUAUUGGAAAGUGCAAUGCAGAGAUCACCCACAGAAUAUGCAGAACGCGACAAGCGAUCCCAACGUGGGUCACGGAUUUAUGAUGACUCUGAACAUCUUGAAUACAGAGAAAGCAGGGACUCUGGUCGCAGGAUUCGACGGCGAACUCAGGAAUUCCGAGAGUUGGUAGACGAGGAUCUCGAUAUAGAAAGCAGGGACGAGUAUGAAAGGCAGAGGCGGGAGGAGGAGUACCAAACGCGUUAUCGUAGUGACCCAAAUUUAGCACGUUAUCCAGUCAAACCUCAGCCGUACGAAGAGCAAAUGCGAAUUCACGCUGAAGUGUCCAGGGCGCGCCAUGAACGAAGGCACAGUGAUGCGUCGUUGGCAUACACCGAGAUGGAUGAUGCACAAUUCUCAAUGCUUCGAACGGAAAGGCAGUCAAGGCAGCGCUCUGGGUCUGACCGCAGAGCUCCUCUGCAAAGUCAACGUUCUUAUUCUAUGGAAAGAACUCAAGACAUGCAAGGGCCUAGUCCAGGUUGGCAAAGGACCUCAAAUCACAGUCCACCAACACCUAGACGAAGCCCAAUCCCCUUAGAUAGGAGUGACAUGCGUCACUCUGAUUCAUUGAGGAAACAGCAUCACUUGGACCCCAGUUCUGCCGUAAAGAAAACAAAGCGGGAAAAGAUGGAAACCAUGCUCCGAAAUGACUCGCUCAGCUCAGAUCAGUCUGAAUCGGUAAGGCCGCCACCACCCAAGCCACAUAAAACGAAAAAAGGAGGUAAAAUGCGUCAGGUCUCAUUAAGUAGCUCUGAGGAAGAGUUGGCAUCCACCCCAGAAUAUACCAGCUGUGAUGAUGUAGAGAUUGAGAGUGAAAGUGUCAGUGAAAAAGGGAACAGUCAAAGGGGAAAAAGAAAAACUAGUGAGCAGGCAGUAUUGUCGGACUCUAACACCUUGUCUGAGAGGCAAAAGAAAAUGGUGCGAUUUGGUGGCCACUCAUUGGAAGAGGACUUGGAAUGGUCUGAGCCUCAGAUUAAAGACUCUGGGGUAGAUACGUGCAGUAGCACAACACUAAACGAGGAACAUAACCAUAGCGAGAAGCAUCCCGUGACGUGGCAACCUUCCAAAGAUGGAGAUCGCCUUAUUGGUCGGAUUCUGUUAAAUAAACGUCUCAAAGAUGGUAGUGUGCCUCGUGACUCUGGAGCAUUGCUGGGACUGAAGGUUGUGGGGGGAAAGAUGACUGAGACUGGGAGACUCUGUGCAUUCAUUACCAAGGUGAAGAAAGGAAGUUUAGCGGACACCGUGGGACAUCUCAGACCAGGUGAUGAAGUGCUAGAAUGGAACGGCAGGUCAUUGCAAGGAGCCACUUUUGAGGAGGUGUACAACAUCAUUCUUGAAUCCAAACCUGAGCAACAAGUGGAGCUAUUAGUUUCACGGCCUAUCGGGGAUAUUCCCCGGAUACCAGACAGCACUCAUGGACAGCUAGAGUCAAGUUCUAGCUCCUUUGAGUCUCAGAAAAUGGACCGACCCUCUAUUUCUGUCACGUCUCCAAUGAGCCCGAGCAUGUUGCGAGAUGCUCCACAAUUCCUGCCUGGACAGCUCUCAAGCCAAAGCCUUAGUAGAAGAACAGCACCUUUUGUCCCUAGGGUUCAGAUUAAACUUUGGUACGACAAAGUUGGCCACCAACUUAUUGUAACAAUCCUUGGAGCAAAAGACCUACCUUUCAGGGAAGAGGGGAGGCCAAGGAAUCCAUAUGUCAAAAUUUACUUUCUUCCAGACAGAAGUGAUAAAAGCAAAAGAAGGACAAAAACAGUGAAGAAAACAUUGGAACCCAAGUGGAAUCAGACGUUUAUUUAUUCUCCAGUUCAUCGGAGAGAAUUUCGGGAAAGAAUGUUGGAAAUUACCCUGUGGGACCAAGCUCGGGUUCGAGAGGAAGAAAGUGAAUUUUUAGGAGAGAUUCUUAUAGAAUUGGAAACUGCUCUGCUGGAUGAUGAACCACACUGGUACAAACUACAAACACAUGACGUUUCAUCAAUGCCACUUCCUCAACCUUCACCGUAUACCCCACGUAGACACCUGCACGGUGAAAGUCCAACUCGGAGGUUACAAAAUACAGUACCAUAUUCGUUAUACUCAGGAUCACAACGCAUCAGUGACAGUGAAGUGUCUGACUACGACUGUGAUGAUGGUGUUGGGGUUGUUCCUUCAGAUUAUAGGCACAAUGGGAGAGACAUCCAGAGUUCAACGUUAUCUGUUCCAGAGCAGGUCAUGUCAUCAAACCAUUGUUCACAGCCAUUGCAUCGAGGUAGCAGCAUGGGAAGGAACCGUUCCCGGUCCCCCAGUGUCCCUCCUCCUCAAAGAAGUUCAGAACCUGGUCCUCGAGGCAGUCGCACUUCCAUACAGUACAAUACCAUGAGCCGAAUGGAGAGACACAGAAUGACGGAUGACCAUUACUCUCCAGAAAGGGAGAGUCAGUAUCUCACACUACCUCGAUCCAGACAAAGUCAUGCCAUCGAACAUCAUCACAAGGAAUCCAGGUCACACCCACGUAGUGGAUCAGUCCAAACAAGUCCCAACAGUACACCAAUGACAAGUCGCAGGGGAGGACGGCAGUUACCACAACUUCCACCAAAGGGGACUCCGGAAAGAAAAGAAGACGAUCAGAAUGCUCUGGAGCAGUGGUCAGAGGUGGAGGCAGAAGAGCUGGAAUCACCCAAAAGGAGGAACUCAGAGGAAAACGAUCCAGAGCCAGAGAUCUGGGAUGCAGGUUCAAUGGAUGUAGAGGAGAAGACUCGCCAAAUGAAAAUGAAAAUGAACAAAUACAAACAGGUAGCAGCGUCAGACUCCAGACUGGAACAAGAUUAUCAUUCUAAGCAUCGGCUGGGCCGGGACUCUCAGCGAGGGUCGGACAAUAUCUCCAACAAGUCGUCAGACAGCGAUGUGAGUGACGUGUCCGCCGUGUCCAGGACAAGCAGCGCUUCAAGAAUGAGCAGCACAAGUUACAUGUCUGUGCAAUCUGAACGCCCGCGAUCAAGCAAGAAGAUCAGGAGGUCAAAGGCAUUAGAGGAGAAAAAGGAGGGUGAGGAAGAAGGGGGGGAGGAGGAGGAAGAGGAGGAGGCGGAAGCAGUGGCAAAAGUGGAGGAAGAUGAGGGGGAUAAGGAGGAGGAGGAGGAGGAGAGGCACAAAGUAACCCAGUAUUCUAAAAACGAGGAAAACGAGAAGUCAGGGGAAGAAGAGGAACCAAAUGAAGAGCCAAGUGAGGAAGGGUCAGGGAAGAGACAAAGAAAAAAAGAGGAUUUACAGAGGAGAUACUCUGAGAAUGAUGUCAGUGUCUUUACAUCCAAACUGCAAAGCAGACAGAUGGGGCCCUCAGGAAAGAAUAUGACGAAAAGCACCAGCGUGAGCGGAGACAUGUGCAGCUUGGAGAAAAAUGAUGGCAGCCAGUCCGACACGGCAGUGGGUACAGUUGUCACGGGUAGCAAGAAGCGUCGAUCGAGCAUUGGAGCCAAGAUGGUGGCUAUCGUCGGCCUGUCAAGACGCAGUCGUAGCACUUCUCAGCUCAGCCAAACAGAGGCCGGGGGGAAGAAGCUGCGAAGUACCAUCCAGCGUAGCACAGAAACCGGAUUGGCGGUGGAAAUGAGAAAUAGGAUGACGCGGCAGCCAAGUCGUGAGUCUACAGAUGGGAGCAUGAACAGCUACAGUUCGGAGGGAAACCUCAUCUUUCCUGGUGUUAGGCUGGCAUCAGAAAGCCAGUUCAGUGAUUUUCUAGAUGGCCUUGGACCAGCCCAGCUUGUGGGACGUCAGACACUAGCAACACCACCUUUGGGUGACAUCCAGAUCGGCAUGAUGGAUCGGAAAGGACAACUCGAAGUGGAAGUCAUCAGGGCCCGAGGACUUGUAGGAAAACCUGGAUCCAAAGCAUUACCUGCGCCUUAUGUCAAGGUUUAUCUAUUGGAAAAUGGUGUCUGCAUAGCCAAGAAGAAAACAAAAGUAGCACGAAAAACAUUGGAACCUCUAUACCAGCAACCGCUGGGAUUUGAAGAUAGUCCCCAGGGAAAGGUUCUUCAGAUAAUAGUAUGGGGGGAUUAUGGACGAAUGGACCACAAAUCCUUCAUGGGAGUUGCACAGAUUCUUUUAGAGGACCUUGACCUGUCCAACAUGGUGAUUGGCUGGUACAAACUCUUUCCCACUUCCUCCCUGGUGGAUCCGACCUUAGCCCCGCUGACAAGACGAGCUUCCCAAUCAUCGCUCGAGAGCUCAACCGGACCUUCUUACGCUCGCUCAUAGCACUUGUGAAAGGCGUUGCUACAGCAACCAGUGUUCAGCUAGCAGGUCGCAAGCCCUGGUUACACUGCAUGCUUGAUGUUCUGUCUUCUGAGCCUGUUCCUAGGGAGUAAAAGCGGUCCUGUGUACUCAGAGGAAAAUUGCGCACGGUGUGCCCUGUGAAGGUCCUUAGGGAAGGAGUGCAGUUUUGCAGAACUUAAAUGGUUGUUGGAAUUAAAUGACAAUAGUUUUUUUUUUGUCCAAUCAGAAGCCAUGGAUUUAAAAAAUAAAUAAGAACUGAUCAAUUCAUGCAGCAGACACCCUUAUUUUUCAAUGAACCAUCCUUUCUUUUGUUGUUUAUUCCUACACUGGGUCGCCUGCUUCUCCUAUCCCACCUACUUGCUUCCUAUAAGCAACAACCCCUUGAAGUCAGUGACGGCCGCUUGUGAGUGCUGUGAGGAAGAUGGCUCAAAUGAUAAACGUAUUGGCUGCACGUCACCAAACAAGGGGAGACGAAAUGGAGUCAGCUGAGCAAAAUGAUGAGGGAACAGCAGGUUUACCUUUUUUAAAAAAAAUACAAGACAUGAUAUUGACACUCAAAGCGGACUUGAAAGCUCCAGGAGGAAAGCCACAGUGAAUCCCAAAGGGAGAGGGCUAUGUGAUCUGAUAUCAUUGUUUCUCUGCUGAUAUACUGUAUGACGUUUAAAAAAAAAUUGCAUGGACAUAAAUUUAGCUGAAUUUAAAAAAAUC